AUGGACGAUCACAUGACAGUCUCUGCGCUUGCAGACAUCAUCAGACACCAGGCUGAGAUUCUCGAAGAUGGUCGGCUGAGACAUACAUACCCAGACCACUAUGGCGACAAGUCUCUCACCACGGCCAGAUCGAGACUUCUCGAAGCUUGCGACAAGCUAAAUCACCUCGUCACGGGCCCUGAGGAGUACAUGAUGGGACUCGCUCAAGGGCAUCGACUGCAGGCGGCGCUGCAAUACGUCUGCCACUUCCGCCUGGCAUCGCACAUUCCUGCGGACGGAACUCCGAUCUCGUACGACGAGCUGGCUGAGAAGGCCAGUGUCGAGGCAUCUCGCUGUGUUCGCAUCCUCCGGCUCCUCAUGACGCACCACAUAUUCAGAGAGCCGGGAACCCGUCUCAUCGCGCAUAAUCGCAACUCCAGGGUUCUCCUGGAUUCCGACGCCGGAGCGGCAAUUGAGUGGUACACCAACGAGGCCUUCCGCUCCAGUACUUUUCUUGCCGAGGCAAGCGAAUUAUGGCCAAGCAGUGAGCAAAUGAACCAGACAGCGCUCAAUCUCGCAUACGACACGAGUCUUCCGGCUUUCAGAUUCUUAUCACAGUCGCUCGAGCCGUCCAGGGCCGACCGGUACUCGCGAGCGAUGGCCGGGCUUUCGAAGCGCAGGCAACUCACAGUUGAGCAUCUCGUCACGGGGUAUGAUUGGAAAAGCCUGCCGAACGACACGACGAUGGUCGAUGUGGGUGGUGGGAAUGGAUACUGUUCCAAGGCCAUCGCCGACGCCAACCCGGGACUGAAAUUCGUCGUGCAGGACUUGAAGAAAACGUUCGGUGCCGUACACACUGACCUGAAGGGGCGGUUGCGAUUCAUGGAGUACGACUUCUUCACACCGCAGCCAGUGGUCGCCGACGUCUAUCUCCUCAGGCGGGUCCUGCAUUACCACCCGAAUAAGUAUGUAGUCAAGAUACUUCAGGCCCAGGUGAGCGCCAUGAAGAAACCUGGGGCUAGAAUCAUCAUCAUGGACGAUAUUGCGAUACGCAGCGGGAUGAUCACCACGCUGGAAGAACGGAAGACAAGGACCUUGGACAUCUCGAUGAUGUCGCUUUACAACUCUGCCGAACGAGACCUUGGCGACUGGAAGGCGUUGUUUCACACAGUAGACCCGAAGCUGAAGCUGGUCGACGUCAGGAAGCCGCCUGGAAGUUCUCUGUCCAUCAUGGAGCUCUGGAUGGAUCAACAAAGUCAAUCUCGUGGUCAGAACGACGGUUCAUUGCCAUAUGCCUUUACUAAAAGGAACUCAGUAUCCUAG